AAAAAAUCCUCAACUUUAGUCUUCAUUCCCAGUCGACGAAAACUCCGGCGACCAACUCCGGGCCAUGAACAACUCAGGUGACGAACGACGAACAGUUCUGGAGUCUGGACCAUUUGACUUCCUGUAGGAUCUGGUUGAUUCUCGUUCUCCUCCUCUAUUCUAGAUCGAGCAGUCGAUCUAAGUCUCCUCUCACUCAGUCGAUCUGAGUCUCCUCAUCCUCCCUUCUCCUUGCUUUUGUAACGGUGGAUAAUAUCAAGACUAAAGUACCCAAUUAAUUACAGGAUGGGUGAACUAGCAGUUGAAAAGCAUGUUAAGGGAAGGAUGAUUUUGAAUCUGUAGUGAUGGAGCAUUUAAGAAUAAAUGGGGCAUAUUGGGGACUGACCACUCUUGACAUGUUAGGGGAGCUUGAAAUGGUGGACAGAGAUGAAAUUGUUUCAUGGGUCAUGCAGUGCCAACAUGAAUCUGGUGGAUUUGGUGGAAACAUUGGACAUGACCCUCAUAUAUUGUAUACCAUAAGUGCGGUCCAAAUUUUAGCACUAUUUGACAAGAUAGAUGUCCUUGACAUUGAUAAGGUGUCAAACUAUAUAAGUUGCCUGCAGAAUGAAGAUGGAUCCUUUUCAGGGGACAUGUGGGGUGAAGUUGACACAAGGUUCUCUUAUAUUGCAAUUUGUUCUCUCGCACUGUUGCAUCGUUUGGAUAAAAUCGAUGUGGAAAAGGCUGUAAAAUACAUUAUAAGUUGCAAGAAUGUAGAUGGUGGAUUUGGGUCCAUACCUGGUGCAGAAUCUCAUGCAGGGCAAAUUUUCUGUUGUGUGGGGGCUCUUGCCAUAACUGGAUCUCUACAUCAUGUUGAUAAGGACCUACUUGGCUGGUGGUUGUGUGAACGACAAGUUAAAUCUGGAGGUCUAAAUGGGCGUCCUGAGAAACUCCCUGAUGUCUGCUAUUCAUGGUGGGUUCUAUCAAGCUUGAUAAUGAUUGAUCGAGCUCAUUGGAUUGACAAGGAAAAACUUGUCAGAUUUAUAUUGGACUGUCAGGAUAAGGAGAAUGGAGGAAUUUCAGAUAGGCCUGAUGACGCUGUUGAUGUCUAUCAUACCUAUUUUGGAGUUGCUGGCCUUUCACUUCUUGAAUAUCCAGGAUUGAAACCCAUAGAUCCGGCUUAUGCAUUGCCCGUGGACGUUGUAAAUAGGAUUUUCUUUGGCAGAUAAGUGGGUCGGUCCUUACUAGAUUUCUUUUGUUAUCAGUGAGAAUAUUCAAACUCGUAUCAUUUCCUAUAAUUUAUUUGGCCUUGCAAAAUGGUUAAACAUCUUAUUAAAAAGUGAGAUUGGUCGUUUUCCAGGUAGCUCUUUUGUUUCUUUUAUGCCUACUGGUCUGUGCAGGAUGUGUUACAGUUCAAUCAAGUUGUGCAGUUCUUUGAAUUCCUUAUGGUUGAAA